UCCAGCUGCUGCUGCUUGAAUAGGAGUAACGGAGGAGAUGGAGCUGAACCUCCCAGCUGCAGCGGAUGCUGAGAAAGGAGCGGGGCGGGCUGGGCUGCCGCUCUGCCCGGAUGUUGCCAGGGCUGCCAUAGCAGCGGUGGGGUGCUGCCAGCCACCGCGCAGGUACUGCCGGGUCCUGGCUGGGACUGGUUUGCUUCUGCCACCCUCACGGGGUGAGGAGGGGACAGGCUGCUGCGUGUCUUAAAGUGAGCAGCAAUUCAGGCCCCGCAGCAGCACCUCGCCUCUAUGAAAAGGGUGCAAGCAGAGCCGUGUCCGGUCUUUGGGUGCUGCUGAGCUAAUCCUGCUCCCUCCAAGAGGGCAGGAAUGCUGCAGGAGGCUCUGUGUCCUGGGUGAAGGAGCAAAGAUGGGUUAAAAGCUUUCUCUGUGGUGCAGGUUAGUCAGCAGUUGGAUUCACGUAAUUGGAGGGCGUCUGCAGUGCUUUGCGCUUGGGACUGCUGCUCUAAGGACCUUUGUUCCUACAGAAGGAUGGCUGCAAAGAAAAAGGAGGUAGUACUGCAGGUUAACAUCAAUAGCCAGGAGCUUUGGGAAGAAAUGCUGUGUCUCAAAGGACUCAUUGUUGUUGAUGUGUUUCAAGCCUGGUGUGGUCCAUGCAAAACAGUAGUGGAUCUUUUCCGAAAAGUAAGGAAUGAAGUUGGCAGUGAUCUCCUGCAUUUUGCUGUGGCUGAAGUUGAUUCCAUUGAUGCUCUGAAAAAAUACAGAGGAAAAUGCAAGCCUGUCUUUCUGUUCUAUGCAGGAGGAGAAUUAGUAGCUACUGUAAGAGGAGCAAAUGCACCAUUGCUGCAGAAGACCAUCCUGGAACAGCUGGCAGUGGAAAGGAAGGCUUUAGAACAUGGAGGAGAGUGUGUGGUGGUACAAGACAGAGCCUUCUCCAGAGAGGAGGGAUACAUAGCUGCUCUUCAGGAAGAACAACAGGAAGGCCAAAUAGGCUAACGCCCCCGUCGGUCCCGGGCCCGAUUUCCCAGCCGUCGUCGUGGAGCGGACGCGGGAUUCCCCAUUAAAUAAAAGGAUUUCGUGCGGCAGCACCGCCGGCUCUGU